AUGCACGAACGAGCCCAGGAUGCCAUGUCCUAUGUUAGAGCCUAUGGCCGACCCGACCUCUUCAUAACCUUCACGUGCAACCCCAACUGGCCAGAAAUCAAACAGGAACUGAAAGAACACGAAAAACCUCACGACAGACACGACCUAACCGCACGAGUAUUCCGCCUUAAACACAAGUGCCUCAUGGACCUCAUCGUUAAACACAAGAUCUUCGGCCCUGUUCGCUGCUAUAUAUACACUAUCGAAUGGCAAAAACGGGGCUUGCCACAUGCCCACAUCCUCUGCUGGCUUUACAACAGAAUAUCAUCCAAUGACAUUGACAAAUAUGUUUCUGCAGAACUGCCACACAAAGACCAGGACCCUGUACUAUUUGACAUAAUCAAAAACAAUAUGAUUCAUGGUCCAUGUGGUCCACUCAACCCAUCCAGUCCCUGUAUGAAGGAACGCAAAUGCUGCAAAAAGUAUCCGAAACCCCUCUUGAAAGACACGCAAACAGGACACGACGGAUAUCCUCUGUACAGAAGACGGUCUCCACAGGAUGGCGCAUACACAGCUACACUGAAAGUACGCGGCCACGAACUACAAAUCGACAAUCGCUGGAUUGUACCACAUAAUCCAUUCCUCAGCCGUCUUUUCAAUGCCCACAUCAAUGUGGAAAUCUGCACAUCGAUAAAAAGCAUCAAAUACGUCUGCAAGUACAUCUGCAAAGGUUCUGACAUGGCUGUCUUCCAGAUACAAAGUGACCAACAGCCAAUCAACGAAAUUGAACAGUACCAAAUUGGUAGAUACAUCAGCACCAACGAAGCAAUAUGGCGAAUCCUAGCCUUUCCAAUCCAUGAACGUUACCCACCUGUCAUCCACCUUCAAGUCCACCUUGAAAAUGGCCAACGAGUUUAUUUCAACAACGACACUGCUAAGGAAAGAGCUGCUACCCCGCCAAAGACAACACUCACUGCCUUCUUCGCCCUCUGUCAAAAAGAUGACUUCGCCAGAACGCUUCCUUAUCAGGAGGUCCCCAAGUACUACACUUGGAAUGCACAACAAAAACAAUGGAAGAGACGAGUCCAAGGAACACCAGUAGAGGGCAACGAAGAUGUCCGCUGCGCUCCAGCACUAGGAAGAGUCUACACAGUACACCCCAGUAACGCAGAAUGCUACUACCUUCGUCUUCUUCUUCAUACAGUAACGGAGGCAACCAGCUUCGAAGCACUACGAACAGUAGACCAAGACACAUUUGACACUUAUCGCGACGCAUGCAGACAACGCGGCCUCCUGGAAGACGACCAACAGUGGAACGCCACCAUGGAAGAUGCCGUCCUUUGUCAAUCACCCGCCCAAAUUCGAAAUCUCUUUGCGUUGCUACUGCACCUCUGUGAACUAUCCGACCCCAAAGCGAUAUGGGAUCAACACAAAGAGGCUAUGGCUGAGGACUACCUCCACCAACAACAACAACAACAUCCACAACUUCAGCUUCAAGUGAAUGAUGCCAUAUACAACCUGGUUCUCCAGACAAUAGAGGACAAGCUACAAUCAUUUCCAGGAGGCAGAUCAGUCGACUACUAUGGACUACCCAAAGUACUCAGAGACGAAACGUCUCUGUUCCGGGAGGUUGUGAACGAAACAUCCUACAACCACAGUGAAAUGCAAGAAAUUAUCCAAUCCCGUUCCAACAGCCUCACGCCAGACCAAGCAGCAAUCUUCUCUCAAGUUACCCACUUAACAGACAACAACCUAGGUUGCAUCAUAUUCCUAGACGCCCCAGGUGGUACUGGCAAAACAUACCUUCUCAACCUCAUCCUUGCUCAAGUACGAAUAUCGAAACGAAUAGCACAAGGAGUGGCAUCGUCAGGCAUUGCAGCCACACUCCUCAAAGCAGGACGAACAGCACAUUCCACCUUCAAACUACCACUUAAUCUGCCAGCCAUUGAACACCCGACGUGCAAUAUCCGAAACAAGACAGGUCUUGCUGAACUCCUGAAACAAACCACCCUCAUUGUAUGGGAUGAAUGCACCAUGUCCCACAAAGGAGCAUUUGAAGCCCUCGACACUACACUUCGAGACCUACGCCAAAUCAACAAACCCAUGGAAGGAGUAACUGUCCUGCUUGCUGGGGACUUCAGACAAACUCUACCUAUAGUACGCAGAGGAACCAGGGCUGAUGAAGUCAAAGCUUCAAUUAAAUCAUCGCACCUAUGGAAACAUGUCGAAACGAUGACCUUGAAAACAAACAUGCGUGUUCACUUACACGCUGAUGAGACAGCCAACCAAUUUGCCGAAGCCCUGCUACAAAUCGGAAACGGACAAGUACCACCAGACCCAGUUGACCACCACAUCAUGAUACCAAAGGAAAUAGGUCAGUCAGUGAAUACAGAGGAAGAACUGAUGCUUGCUGUGUUCCCAGACAUCGCCACCAACUACACCAGUCGUAAUUGGUUGUCCGAGAGAGCAAUUUUAGCCCCACGAAAUGAUGCCGUCAGACACCUCAACAACACGCUCCUUCAACGCCUUCCUACCGAAGAGAAACUGUACAAAUCCAUAGACACUGUACCCGACAUCGACCAAACCGUUCAUUACCCAGUCGAAUUCCUCAAUUCACUCCAACCAAGUGGCAUGCCCCCACAUGACCUCAGAUUGAAAGUUGGCUGCCAAAUAAUGCUCCUCCGCAACCUCGAUGCCCCAAGAUUGUGCAACGGGACGCGUCUCAUCGUUUCAAGGCUUCUAAGGAACAUCAUUGAAGCUACCAUUGCCACCGGCGAAUAUGAAGGAUCAACAGUCUUGAUCCCCCGAAUACCGCUCAUUCCAAGUGACUGCCCAUUUCAGUUCAGGCGACUCCAAUUUCCCGUGACACUCUCCUUCGCUAUGACAGUGAAUAAAGCCCAAGGACAAACACUACAAGUCGUUGGACUAUCGUUGUCCACACCAUGCUUCUCCCACGGACAGCUUUAUGUCGCAUGCUCCAGAGUUGGCCAAUCGUCUGCCCUAUACUACCAUGCAAACGGAACAAAAACAAUGAACAUAGUUUAUCCAGAGGUUCUACAAUACCAAGAAACACUAUAUUGA